GCCAAUUUGCUGCUUCUGUGUUCGGCUUUACACGACGAACGAUUGGAUGUGCAAGUUCGAAACAAUACUAUUGGUGUCCGUGAUUUCCGUAUAGAUGCUGAAUUACUGCGACAGAGAACGGAAGAAUUGGGUGAGGAGAAUGAGGAGAUUGGCGAGGGAGUUGAAAAUGUAGCGGAGGAGCAGGAACCGCCCAAAAAACGCCAGCGCUCAGGAAAAGCGAGACCAGGCGCCAAAAAUUAG